AUGCCCUUCUACAAAGCCACCUGCUGCACAGCUCAGGACUUUUACCUGAACGUCUCUGCAGACAGUAGGUUUACAGACCAUAGACCAGACCGGCCUUGGCCUGAAGUCCAGGAACCAGCAGACCCGCCAGCUGAAGAGGAGCCUCGGUUCCCACCAAACUUUGAGUUGAAGCCUCCAGUAACCCCUGACAGUGUCAUAGCCGUCUGCGGAGAGAGCUCUGUCCGAGUGGAGGUCAAGAGAGACCUGCUGGGGAUCGGUAAAUCGGUCCAGGCUGCAGAGGUCACACUAGGAGGAUGUGGUGCCACAAGAGAAGAUCAAGAGGUCCUGGUCUUUGAGUCAGAGCUGCACAGCUGUGGCAGCCAGCUGCUGAUAUCUGAGGACUCAUUCGUCUACAGCUUCACACUGUUCUACACUCCCAGUCCUCUGGGAGACAGUCCCAUCAUCCGAACCCUGGACUUCUCAGUCACCAUCCAGUGUCACUACCAGAGGAAGCACGAUGUGAGCAGCGGAUUGCUCAAGCCGACCUGGACUCCAUUCAGUGGCACCAAAGUUUCCGAAGAAAACCUCCACUUCUCCCUCAGACUCAUGACUGAUGAUGGGAAGUUCCCUCGUCCAUCUGCUCAGUUCCUGCUGGGAGACAAGAUGAAGUUUGAAGCCUCUGUCAAACAGUUUCAUCACAUCCCUCUCAGAGUGACUGUGGACAGCUGUGUGGCGACUGUGGUCCCAAAUGUUGACACUGUCCCUCGAUAUGCCUUCUUGGGAAACAACGGGUGUCUAUUUGACAGUCAACUGACGGGCUCCAGCUCUCAUUUCCUGCCUCGGUCUCAGGAUGACACACUGCAGUUUGAGAUGGAGGCAUUCAGGUUCCAGCAGGACAACAGCGGUCUGAUCUACAUCACCUGCAGUUUGAGAGCCACAGCAGCAACUGCAGCUGUUGAUGCCACAAACAAGGCCUGUUCUUUCUCCAACGGGGGAGGAGAGGACGACUGCUGGCUGGACAACCUCAAAUGGAGGUCAUAG